AGUUGCUGGCUGAUAUCAGUGGCUUAACAUCUUUGAGGGGCAUCUAGAAAGAUGAGAAAACAUUUUCCUAGCCUUUUUUCCUGUCAGCCCCAUCCUUUUGCCCAGAGCUCAAUUCCAUCUGGUCCUCUGAAUCACGUUCACCUUCUGCCUUCUCAGCCUGCCUACAUUCAGGCUUGUCACCAGGCCAACCCUCUUUCUGCCUUCUGCCCUAUCUCUUUUCCCCCUCUGAAGAAUACUUCAUUCUAUCCUACCUUAAUGAUUUCCAUGCCCUGCUCUUCCUGUCUUACUAAACUUUCCUUGAAGCACCAUAUUCCCUUCGAACCUCCCUCCCAUUUUCCCUCUAUCCCAGCUACCCUUCCUUCUAAUAAAAGGCCCCCAUCGACCAGUUCCGUAGUCUUUCGCCCUGAUCAGAAAACUAGCCACGUUCAGGUUGAUAGGUGCUUAAACAAGAAUUCUGACGAAUGGACUGACACUCAAGAAAAUGGACUGAUUACAGGGCCCGUGAUAUCAGAACAGAAACAUCAAGAGCCACUGACUGAAAUAACUGAAGAAGAAGAGAUGCAAGCCUUUGGCAUAUAAGGCUUCUUCCUUGCUAAGAUCUGAGGAGGACACCAGCAACAGAGGUGAGCUAACAUCAGGACUGCGGGAUUUCUGAGGAACUACAAUAUUGUAAAUGAUAUCACUGUUUACAAAGCUAAAAUACUGAUUCAUGGAGAUCAUUACAAAUAGUCUACCUUUGAGUAGCCUUUUGUUGUUCUUGUAUUGAAUAAACAAGGUGAACAGUGUCCACAGAAAUCAAU